AUGGACAGUCUCCUGAUGAAUAGGAAACUCUUCCUCUACAACUUCAAGAACCUGCGCUGGGCAAAGGGCCGACGUGAGACCUACCUCUGCUAUGUAGUGAAGCGCCGUGACAGUGCCACAUCGUGCUCCCUAGACUUCGGAUACCUGCGCAAUAAGAUGGGCUGCCACGUGGAGGUGCUCUUCCUGCGCUACAUCUCAGCCUGGAACCUGGACCCGGGCCGCUGCUACCGUAUCACUUGGUUCACCUCCUGGAGCCCCUGUUACGACUGCGCCCGGCACGUGGCCGACUUCCUGCGUGCCUACCCCAACCUGACCCUUCGCAUCUUCACGGCAAGACUCUACUUCUGUGAGGACCGCAAAGCAGAGCCCGAGGGCCUGAGGCGCCUCCACAGGGCAGGGGCUCAGAUUGCCAUCAUGACCUUCAAAGAUUACUUCUACUGCUGGAACACAUUUGUGGAGAACAGGGAAAAGACAUUCAAAGCCUGGGAAGGACUGCAUGAAAACUCUGUCCAUCUGUCCAGGAAACUUCGACGGAUCCUCCUGCCACUGUACGAAGUAGAUGAUUUACGAGAUGCCUUUAAAACUCUGGGACUUUGAAGUGAAGGUCAUCAACAAUCAGAAGACUUCACAAACACUUGUUCUUUGAUUUUCAACUCUCUCGCUCACAACAGAUCUUUCUCUUCUUUCCUCUUUACAUCUCUCUUCCUUACAGCCCUGUGUCUAGAGAUAAGACUAUCCUUACUUUUCAUUUCUAAGGAGAAUUAGGCUGAUCUUCUGCAGGCAUAUUCCUCAGACUCACACCCCAUCCAUUGAUAGCUGGGAAUCAACAGGACUGCAGUGACAUUGCCAGAAAGGUAUUUGUCCUCCCUUGGUCCCUGCAGAGCUAAUUCAGGCAGUCCACUAAAUGGAGUUCUAGGCUUAACCUUGCCAGAUGGAAGCAGACAGCCUGCAAAGCUGUUUCUGGGACUGUGUUCUGACCUGCACGUCACUGAUCAUUUCAUGAGCACUUCAGGGACCAUGGCUCUUGGCUCUUAGAGCUGCACGAUGCUGAGCUGCUCUGAGCUCUUCCCUGUGAAAUGUCAAUUUGUCCUUUUGGAGGUGGGUGAGAAGUUGAGAACCAUUACCAUUUAAGUGGUAUAGCCUAUGUCCUAAUGGCAAAAUUGACCACUUAUUAAAAAGCUCAACUGAGAACAUUGAAAUGAGUUCUGGAAAGCCUGGGUAGCUUAGCUUGAAAACCUUACUUGAAGCCAGCAGAUUUUCAAAGUGGACUGUGUGCAGGCCCAGGCCCUCUAGGACUUCCUACCCAGAAAGGAGCUGUGAGUCCAGGUUUUGUGCCCUAGGAGAGGUUGAAACUAGACAAUAAAAUCCUAAAACGCAAGCAGAAGGUUCACUGGUCAACAUUUUCAAGUAUGAUCUGCAAUUCUGGGUGUCCAGCAAGAUAUUUCCCAUGCAGAAAUAGGAAGCCCACUGAACUCCUGUUACUUAUGAUGUAAACAAUAGCAGCUCAGGGUCAGUACUGAUGAAUGUGUGGCCCUCCUGCCAGGCCAGAAGGGAGCCACCAAGGCACUUCGCUACUGCAAUAUUUUUCCAGCAUACAUCAACAGAAAAACACCCUUAAUUUCCAUAUUGUGUUGUCCCUCAAACUUAAUUUCUCAUUCACUUAGGUUGAGGUUGUGGCAUUGUAGAUGGUUCAUUGGUAUCCACAUCAGUUACCAUCUGUUACUUGACAGUGCAGAGAGGAGCAACACAGCUCCCACUACUGGAGGACUUUUCAUGCACUGAAAAGUCCCUCCCUAGCUGUCUAUACAGCUAGCCUGUAGAUAGAUAUCUUCCACAGGGGGCAAAAUCAAAGUACCUUCCUGCCUGGCAAUCACAGUCUUUCCACUAGGGGACUCCAUUAGUUCCUGACCUUGUGUACAUAGUCCUUACCAAGUUGAGACAUGGGUUCAUAGUGCACACCUACUCACCACCACCUUCCUACAACCUAAAUUACAGAUGGAUUCCCCUCUGCAGUCUGACCUCUUGAGGCAUUGCCAAGGCUAAGUGUGUCCCACAUUCUGGGGGUGCUCUGUCAUUUUCUUCAUGAUGGCUGUGAGUUGUCUGCUCCAUCCUGUUCCUCUUUAUGUGAAAGGCUGGAGGUUCCUGUGUUGCUGCUCAAAACACUUCCUAUGGUGAUAGGCCAGACGCAGAAGGACAGCAGAGAGCCCUGCUCCCACAGUGCCUCUUCCUGCUAGGAAAGGUCACAGCUGGGUGCAUCACAAGCUUUCUACAACUUCAGGCUCAUGAGGCACACUCAGCUUGAGGAAUUUUGACCAGGAAUAGCAGCGAGAGGGUUUUUUUGCAAAGCAUUAAUUUGCAAGC